UUUCGUUUGUAAUAGGAGACCGGCGUGGACACUCGGACGGGCAGUGCAGUGUGUUCGGACGGCGUUUAACUAGCUUACCAUUACGGAAACAUGUCGGCGAGUCAGAUUUUUGCGUUGUCUAUGUGGUCAUUCUAAAAAAUGUAAAUCAACCACUGUAAACGGCCCGGAGCGACGAGUGUUGUAGUAGGUACCACCGGGGUGCAUCUGGUUUAACAAAAAAAAAGAAAAAAGAGAAGAAGAAAAAUGACUGUCAUGAACACCGGUUACCUAUUUAUAAUAUUCGCACUUUCGGUGUUAUGGAUGUCCCGCGCGGAAGCUGAAAGUUUUUUGCAAGACUUCCAGCCGUGUUCGUUCAAUCCUCUGUGUUCGUGCACCAAGUCGUACGACAGCUUGGGCGAAGUGCACUGUGUUGAUGUGUACUUUCCACGGAUACCACCGGCUAUCAACCGAUCUAGGUUGUCGACACUUCAUCUUAGGAACAACGACUUGGACAGCAUAGAGCCGUACUUCCUCGUCAAUACUGGUCUUUAUAAGAUGACGAUCCAAGACAAUCCAUUGCCAAUUUUAAAUGAUGAUUCUUUAUAUGGAUUAGAGCAUUCACUAUGGGAAUUGGAGUUAGUUAAUACUUAUUUAACUUAUGUUCCAAGUCGGGCAAUUCGAAUAUUACUAAAAUUAAAAGUACUUAAUUUAUCAGGUAAUCAAAUAUCAGAAAUAAAGAUGGGAGAUUGGAAUGGAUUAGAGAACACUCUUAAAGUCCUAAAACUUGCAAACAACGCACUUACAUAUUUGCCACACAGGGCUUUUGAUAGCCUCGGGUUGCUAGAAAAUCUUGAUUUGUCUGGUAAUAUGAUUUCGGAAAUACACGUAAAUGCAUUUCAAGACGGUCCAUUGCAACUGCUCAGACUCAAUUUAGCUGAUAAUAUGUUGAAAUAUAUUCCAUACAUGCAUUUAUCGUCAUCGGCGAUGAAAUCUUUGAAGUAUUUGGAUGUUAGUUAUAAUUUAAUUGAAAGCACAAAAGGACCAUUAUUAACAGUGACAUCUCGUGGCGGAAGACAUAAGUUUUUUCUAGACGAACUUCACUUGGAAUAUAAUCACAUCAAAAUUUUAGAAAAACAAAGUUUGCAGAACUUUGAAUCUAUAAAUAAAACAUACUUUGAUGGAAACCCAAUAACACAUAUUCAAGAUGGAGCAUUUCAAAAUACUAAAAUUCGAGAGAUAUUUAUGGUCGAUUGUGAAAUUUAUAAUAUAUCAUCAGAAGCAUUCAAAGGCCUUGAAACAUAUUUGCAUACCUUGGACAUGUCAAAUAAUAACAUAACAGAAUUUCCUAUUCGGAAGUUACAGCAGAGUUUUAACAUGCUUAUGAAACUAGGGCUUAGAGAUAAUAAGAUAAAACAUUUAUUUCCUAUCAUUCAUCAUAUUGAGGGAAAAGAAAAGAUUAUAAAAUCAAACGAUAAGAAAAAAGCAAACGACAAGACUGUGGUUCAUGAGGACAAUCAACGAAAUUCACAUGAAAAAGAUGAUCAUCACGAGUUUUAUUCCCUGCAAGAUUUUGAUUUCUCUGGAUGGAAUAAUGGUCCACUUCAAAUUAAUAUCAUUAAUGGUUUUAAAUAUCUUCGUCGGCUGUCUCUGUCAAAGAUGACCACACCAUAUAUAGAACCAGAUAUGUUUAUGAAUUUUACUAUUGAUAUGGAGGAACUUCAGAUAACUGGAUCAGAUAUAAAAACCGUCAAGGCACAUGCAUUUAAGCAUAUACAUGGUCUAAAAUAUUUGGAUUUGUCCGAUAAUGUAAUAAGCACAUUAGAUUCCGACGCAUUUAAAGAGGUUGGACAUUCUCUACAAUUCCUUAAGAUGUCACACGCUUUUGCAUCUUCGUUUAAACCAAUACCAGGAGAUGCUUUUCGGUAUUUAAAUAAUUUGAAAUAUAUGGAAUUAAGCAAUAAUCAUUUACAACACCUUCGAGAAUCAAGUUUCCACUUUCAAACAAAUUUAAGAACGUUAAAGCUACAAGACUGUAUGAUAGAGGCUUUCCAUAAAGGGACAUUUCAAGGUGGAAUUGGAGGAAGCCAUAUUCUUCUAGAAGAAAUAUACUUGUCAUUCAACUUUAUAAAAAAAAUUGAAGACGGAUCUUUUGAUGAUUUACCAUCAUUAGGAAAGAUUCAUUUGGAUGGAAAUCGAAUAAAUCGUAUCGAAAGACACGCUUUUACCAAUUUGGAGCGUUUACGAUGGUUAAUCUUAAGAGGGAAUCAAAUUGAAAAGUUGGAAAUAGAAGCAUUCCAAAAUUUACCGCAUUUACAAGAACUCGAUUUAGCUUAUAACCAUAUUAAACAUAUGGACUUUACAUUCUUAGAUCAAGUUGGAAUGCUUUCAAAUUUCCGUAUGAACGUUAGUCACAAUCUUUUAUCAAAACUAUCAUCAAAUUCCAAUUUUUCUACAAAGGACCUCUAUAUACAAUCAAAUAUUAGGGUUUUAGAUAUAUCGUAUAAUAGUAUUAAAAGUAUAGAAGACAAAUAUUUCUCUCCAAUGGAGUCAAGCUUAAGUUAUUUGCACAUGUCUUUUAAUAAUUUGUUUCAAGUGUCUAGAAAUGUGUUUGGUAACUUAAAUAAUCUCAUUUGGCUAGACCUUGGACAUAACCAUAUUGCUGAAAUUGGAUUUGAUUCCUUCAAAGGAUCAAAAAGACUACAAGUUUUCAUAAUAUCUCAUAAUCGUUUAGUAGAUUUACCUAAUGAUUUGUUUAAAGGAUUCACUGAACUUCGAUUAGUUGAUUUUUCAUACAACAAACUUCGGGUGUUGCCAGACAUGUUUUUCAAUGAAGAUAACUUGGAAAUAUUAAACAUGGCUCAUAACGAGUUAUCUCGUAUGCCUGUUUUGUCAUUUAGCACACAUUCUGCGGGCGUUGUAUGUGAUAUGGAUUUGUCUUUUAACACAAUAACGGCAUUACCUGUUUUUGAAAUGUUUUCUAGGUUUAAAUCAUUAAAACGGUUAAAUCUAGCUGGUAAUCGUUUGGUACAUCUCGAAGAUUCAAAUUUUGCGAGUUUAAUUCGUUUAACUUACCUUGACUUAAGUCAUAACGAUGCUCUGAGCUUUGAAAAUAGAGGUCGUAUGUUCUUAGGCCUUGAACAGUCACUUCAACAUCUUAGACUUAAAAAUAUUUCUUUAACAUCCAUACCAGAAUUGCCGCUACCAUCUCUUCUAAGUUUAGAUUUAUCUGGAAACCAAAUAGCAUCCGUGUCACCAGAUAGAGCUUCUAAUUUAUCAUCAUUGCGGAAUUUAGAUUUAAGUCGUAAUGAGCUUAUCGGAUUCCCAUCUAUCAUUAUGAAUUUACCAGAGCUCAACAACCUUAAUUUAUCCAAUAAUCAUAUUUACGAUUUGAAUAACAGUACUUUAAAUAUGGGUGUCCAAAAAUUGAUUUCUUUGGAUUUGAGUUAUAUGCCACUAGUAUCAUUUGAAACCGGUGCUUUAAAUAAAAUGACAUCUUUACAAACGCUAGUAAUUAGUACAUUUGUUGGUAUCAAGGACUUCAAUAUUCCCUCUAUAAUUGCUGACGUUCACUCUCUUAGAAAUUUGAAUCUUAAAGUUGAUAAAUUGUCACGAAUGGGGAAAGAAUUAAUUGGUUUAUUUCCAUAUAAGCUAAGAAACUUCACGAUCAGUGGAAAAGCUUUACAUGGACUUUCGUUAAAUAACAUAUUUCAGGGUCUGAGGUAUCCAAAUUUGAAUUUAACAAUUUUCAAUACAAGCUUGGAAACAAUAUCGAAUGACGUUUUUCGACAUAUGGGGACUGUAAGAAACAUCAGUCUAGAUAUCCGAAACAAUUCGCUGAAGUCAAUAGGAAAUCCAUCCACUAAUACGUUACCAAAACAGCAUGGUCAAACAUUUUUAACUUCACUAAAAGUAUCUGGAAACCCAUGGACCUGUGAUUGUAAUAUUGGUUGGAUGGAAGUCUGGCACCGUAAGAAACGUCAAUUUUUGUGCAAUCACGAAGAUCCGUCGGCAGCGCCUUCAAAUAGAUACAGAGACGUUGAACACUAUUCAACUAGCAAGUCUACGUGUCUGAUCAGUGACGAAGAUCUCGAGGUGGCUGCUUGUGCGGAUAAGAAGAAACCACUAGCCGAAGCUUUUAAAAAUGAUAUCGAAUGUGGAUGGGGAGCAGCCGGUAGAUGCCAAUCGCAUUUGACAAUUAUUAUUUCCGUCGUAGUGGCGUACAUCAUAAUGGUAUAACUCUCUGUAUAUAAUAAUAAUUAACGAAAAAAACAAUCUUACACGAUUUAUUAUUACCAACACGCGUCGAAAUGUGUUAUCUUUAUAAAAUAAUUAUUAUUUAUUUCAAAUAGUUUUUUUUAGUUUUUUUUUUUAUUUUAAACCUACUCACAAAAUCAAAGAAAAUAUUCCACCGUUAAAUCUAGUUUUUUUUGUGAACCUGGGAAUGACCUAUCUCGCCUAUGCAUUUUGCUGUAUAUUUAUUUCUAAUUUUGUUUUUUUCUUAUGAUAUUAUGCCUUCGUGUAUGUACUACGAAUAGACUAUUAAGUAACACAUUUUCUCAUAUUUACUACUUGAUAGGUAGGUACUUAAUGUGUAACGUAGAUAUUAUGAUCUUAUCAAGCCCGGAUUAAGGCAUUUUGAGGCCCAGGGGCCAAAAUUUUAAAUGAAGCCCCUGUACGAAAAAAAAUAUUAAUGUAUAUUAUAAUGUGUUAAUGUGUUCCGGAGUGAAGUCAAAUAAAAAUAAAAUUAUGUCAAAAUGUUUUAAAGUUUUGAAGAUACAUAAACAAAUGCGUGAUAUGCAUGGUUUUGAUAAAAAAAAAGUUAAUUGCCCAUAACUAAAAAAAUAAAAAAGUUAGAUUCAAUCUUUAAAGGGUAUUUAAUAUUUAUCUAUCAUUUUUGAUAUACUUUCAUAGUUUUAUAUGACGUUGGCCGGUCACUUCACCCUGGAACGUAUUGUAUAUUAUUCAAUAUUAGGUACCUGAUAUAAUAAAUAUAAUAUAUAGAUAUUAGGUAUAUAGCAAUAAAUAAUGAAUAAUGUAUCACUUUAUUUAUAAAUUAUAAUUUACAAGCUUUUUUCCUAGCUAAAUAAUCAUCGAUUUUUUUUAGGUGAUUUAUUUAGUGUACAUAGCCUAUAACGAAAAACUAAUAGACAAAUUAGAGGCCCCUAAAUAAAUUCUAAGUAUCGAGGCCCGGGGGCCAUGGCCCCUCCUGCCCCCCCCCCCUUAAUCCGGGCUUGGAUCUUAUACAAUUUAUAAAACAUAAAUAAAUCUUCAAAUAUAUUACUAAAUUAUUUUAAUUUACUGUAUAGAAUAUAUUACCAUGUUCGAUUAAUAACUUACCUAUUGUAAAUGUGCUUGUAUUCUAAGUAACAGAGCUUAUUUGAAUAGUUAUAAAAUCAUAUUAUGAAAUGUAGAUCUAAAAAUGCAAUUUCGAUGGUUAUAUUUUAUUACUAAAGCGUAGCUUUUUUAAUUUUGGAUUAUGGUUAUAUCAACUUCAGAUACGUUUAGAAUAUCGUGAAACAAAUUAAUAAUAAUAUGUGAUAUUAUAUAAGAAUUUGGGCAUUGAAUAUAAAAAAUAUAAAAAAUUUUCAAAACGAAUACAAAUACUCAUGUAUGUACUAAUAAAUGUAUAAUCUAUGCACCAUACAUACAGUGGGUACUUGUGUAAAAAAGUUUUUAUUCAAUACUAUUUAAAUUGUUUAUAAAUAGGUAUUUGCUAAUUAAAUUAGUAAUAUAUUAUUCUGGGAUUAAUAUCAUAUUUAAAAAGACUCAACUUUAAGUUGAAGUGAUUAUCGUAAAACAAGCAUUUUUUUUUACUAUACCUACAGAAAGUUAAAUUUACAUAUUUAUAUCUAUUAUUAUUUGUACUUAUUUGUACUAAGAUGUUUUUAUAAUUUUUAAAACAACUGAUAAGUUAUACUUGCUUUCGAAUUAUAUUCAGAAGAAUAAAAAUUAUAUUUAAUUUUACAUAUUAUUGUUCUUAAAAAUAUUAUUCUAUACCUAAGCUUAAAAUAUGAUAUACCUACUCUUAAGUAAACUGCCAUACCUAAAUCUGUUCAUAUUAAUUUCUAAAACAAGUCGCUCACUUAUUAUGCUAAAAAAUUAUUUAUAGUUUUAUGUAUUUAUUUUGUUAAAUUUGAUUUAUAAAUUUAUCAUAAACAUUUUUACGUUUUAAGAAUAAAUUAUUGUUAAAACGUUUGCAUCAUAUUGCACAUGAUUUUUGAUGUAAUUUAUAUACUCACUUUAUUUUUAACUAGUGAUGUUUACCACACACUUGUAUUCAACUACUUUCCUUUACCUAUGUAUAAUUUAAUGCUACUAAGGAUUAAUUUUAAUUUAUCAGUUUUUAUUUAUUAAAAUCAUAUAAUAUGUAUUAUUUAAUCAUUUACAUGAUUUACAAUCAUUUAUUCCUUUAAAGUCGAUUUACUAGCUUAAAUUUAAUGUUUUCAUCAAAUUAUAUUAAUUUAUGUUUGUCAAUAAUAGGUUAUAUAGAACACGUAAUCCUAAAGUAUGUUAUUAAAGAAUGAGGUACCUACGACAAUGAAAAUAUGAUUUAUUAUAUAUUUUAGACUCCCCUCAGAGAUCACCUCCAUUUUACAUCUAACCAAAUAUGAGACAUGUGUUUAAUUAACAAUAUUGGUCAAAAACGGGGUUAAUUAUGAAAGGUUUGGUUUAAUUUAAAAUUAAAUUUAUUACUUCUAUUACAUUUUAUGUCACGAUUAUAAUAGCAUUUAGGGAGUUGGUAAAUAUAGUUUUUACAUUAUAAAAAUGUAUAAUACCUAGAACCUUUGUUAAAAUAAAACUACGUUAACUUUUAAUGUUAAGCAAAUAAAUAAAAACCAAUUAUUGUAUUAUUUUGUUUAUUUGGAAUUGGAAGCAUUUUUAAUAUACAGACUUGUACUACAGAUUUAAUAACUGUCUAUUAAUAAACUAUAUUACUGUAAGCAAAUUAUGUUUGUAAGUAAGACUUUGUUACAUAAUAUGAUACUUAAAAUAAAAA